UCUAACCUGGAUUGAUUCCAUUGUACCCAAAAAAAAAAAAAACGCAACCUUUCUCGGGAAAAUCUUCAAUCCCUGGAAGAACAAAUAUCGAUCAUCUUACGCUUUUUGAUUAUCUCUGUUUUCUUCAGCUUCUGUUAGGGUUUUUGUCGAUAAGAGAAACCAAGUAAACAUUCUUCGUGUUGUUGUGAGGGUUUAAUAAAAGCUUUUGGGGGUGAGACUGAGAGAGAGAGAGAGAUCAGAGAUGGGUCAAACUUUUCGUAAGCUUUUCGAUACUUUCUUCGGAAACCAGGAGAUGAGGGUCGUUAUGCUGGGGCUAGAUGCUGCUGGGAAGACAACGAUACUGUACAAGCUCCACAUUGGAGAAGUUCUCUCAACCGUUCCCACAAUCGGUUUCAAUGUUGAGAAAGUUCAGUACAAGAAUGUGAUGUUCACUGUUUGGGAUGUUGGUGGCCAAGAGAAGCUCAGGCCCUUAUGGAGACAUUACUUCAAUAAUACCGAUGGACUUAUAUAUGUGGUAGACUCCUUGGACCGAGAGAGGAUCGGUAAAGCAAAGCAAGAAUUCCAGGAUAUCAUAAGAGACCCAUUCAUGCUCAACAGUAUCAUUCUAGUGUUUGCCAACAAACAAGACAUGAGAGGAGCCAUGUCUCCACGAGAAGUAUGUGAAGGGCUUGGCUUACUUGAUCUCAAGAACAGGAAAUGGCAUAUACAAGGCACAUGUGCUCUUCAAGGAGAUGGCCUCUAUGAAGGCUUAGACUGGUUAUCCUCUACGCUCAAAGAGGUUAAAGCUGCUGGUUACUCAUCCGUUGGUCCCUCGUUUUAACACUCACUCCAUUUACUAGCUAAAAUUGACAUACGAAAAGUACCAUAUCAAGCUCUCAUGGUGUUCAGUCUAUCCACCAUUAUAUAUACUUUUAGUCCAUGGCCAAAGUCUUCUUCUUGGCCUCUGAUAUGUUAGUAAUAUCACAAAAUCAAAAUCUUCCAAAUACUUAUAAUGGAAGUUGUUACUCUUUUCUUUUGUCUCUUCAUAUGGCCCUGCUUCUAGAGCUUCAUUGUAAAUUCUGAUGGAUAAAAAAUCUGCAAAAUUCUCAUGGGAUCAUCAAGUGUCCCUUGAAGCUAUAAUAGAUGAUUGAUCUUUUUGCGUCUC